CUCUGAAACCAGCUCUGAGACUCCUCUUGGCUCCAACAGUCUGGAGCGACUUUGUGCUGGAUAAACGUCGAAUUCUUACCUCGCCCUUACACUGCUAGCAGGAUCAGAUUGCAUUUCUUUCAUUAUUCUCCACUCUCCAGUUUCUUGAUCUGUUUCAAAGAACGCAGAGAAAAGAUAAUUCUCUUCAGUGUGUGGAAGUGGAAACAAUAACCUCAACUCCGCUUUGAAAAAAAUCUUUCUAAGAACUUUCUUCAGAGAUUUCACUCAGAUGAUGUAUACAAUGAAGAAACCAGUAUUUGGGGUUUAUGUAUGCUUGCUGCUUUGCUGUGCCUCUGCGCUUCUUAACACUGGUCCUGAAGAAGAUGAAGAAAAUUCUAACAUCAGAGAUGCUGAGUUACCACCACUGAUACUUGUACAUCCCUUUUGUGCCUUCAAGGCAGAAACAGGCCCAUGCAAAGCACUGCUGAGUAGAUUUUUUUUCAAUAUUCGGACUCAAAAAUGUGAAGAAUUUAUAUAUGGAGGCUGCGAAGGAAACCAGAAUCGAUUUAUUAGUCUGGAAGAGUGCAAAAAGCAAUGUACACUAGAGGAUUCAGAGAAAACCACAGAGAAAAACCCAUCACAGAAAGGAAAGCCAGCUUUUUGUUUCUUGGAAGAAGAUCCUGGAAUCUGCCGAGGUUAUUUAACUAGAUAUUUCUAUAAUAGUCAGUCAAAGAAAUGUGAGCGUUUCAAGUAUGGUGGAUGCCUUGGCAAUCGAAAUAACUUUGAAUCACUAAAAGACUGCAGGAACACCUGUGAGGACACAUUGCCUGUUUUCCAGGUGAAUGACUCAAGAGCAAAGACAGAUGCUGUAAAUAACAGUUCUUUGCUUGCCUCACUUGCCAGAGCUCCCGGUUUAUUGGUAUUCUUGUUUCGACUACUCAGCCAGCACAGACGGAGAUGUGACAUAACUUCUCACUCAAGUGGAGAGAUGUAUAUUAAGGCGUGAUUGUGCUCGGAACUUUAUUAUAAGAUACAAAAGUCAUAUUUUUGGCAAGAACACUACCAAAGUAGAAAGAAGGAAUUAAAAAUAUAUAUAUAGUGAGAUUGUCAAUGAUUUUUAACUACUACCUAUGCCCCAAGUUUUUUUGUAAAUUUACGUCAUAUUACACAAAUAUUUAUAGAAAGUAAACAGCAGCAGGUUUUAAAACAUGAUUUAAAAAUAGAACAAGAUAAAGAAAAAUUUUAUUUUAUUAUUUAGUUAGUUAGUUUGUUCUCAGGCUGGGGCUUGAUCCCUUAACAAUGUAUCCAACACUCCUUAAGGCCAUUUCUCUCUUUCUUUCUUCCUUUCUUUCUUUCUUUCAUUCUUUCUUAAUGGAUAAUUUUAUAUGGUGACUGUAUUUAAAAUUGGGAUAAAUGGUCUUCUUUGUUUUUGAGAGGACCAUAAAAUCUAUAUUCCUCCCAGAAAUAAUGUGAUUCUUUUCCUAGGAUAAUCAAGUAUCAGUGUGUGUGUGUGUGUGUGUGUGUGUGUGUGUGUGUGUGUGUGUGUGUGUGUGUGUGUGUAUUUUAAGUUCAUAAGCUCUAUUUACUUAUUUUAUUUGAGGGAACAGACAGAAAUUGAAAGGGCAGGGGAAAUAGAAAGGGAGAGACAGAAAGACAUCUGUAGCAUUGAUUCACUAUUUGUGAAGGUCUUCCCCUGCAGGUGAGGGCUGGGGGCUUGAACCCAGGUCCUUGUGCAUGCUAAUGCAUACACUUAGCCAUUGGUGCCACCACCCUGCCCCAAUAAUGUCAUUUUCUUUUGCUUUGGAACCUUUCCAUUUCCAGCAUGAUGUAAUACUGCAAUGACUUUGUAAGAAGUUUAAUAUAUAACGGUGGGCUGUGGUGGUCUAGUUGAGCACACGAGAUCAUGUCCAAGGAGCUGACUUCAAGCCCCUGGCCCCCACCUGCGGGGGAGCUUCAUGAGAUGUGAAGCAAUGUUGCAAGGGCCUCUCUGUAUCUCUCCCCCCCUAACUCUCAUUCCUUCUUUAUUUCUCUGUCUUACCAAAUAAAAAAAAAAGAAAGAAACAAAAAAGAAAAGAAUUUUUUUUUAUUUUUUAUUUAACAAAGGAGACAUUAACAAAAGCAUAGAAUAAGAGGGGUACAAUUCCGCACAAUUCCCAUAACCCAAUCUCCACAUCCCAUCCCCUCCCCUGAUAGCUUUCCCAUUCUCUAGCUCUCUGGGAGUAUGGAUCCAGGGUCGUUGUGGGUUGCAGAGGGUGGAAGGUCUGGCUUUUGUAAUUGCUUUCCCGCUGAACAUGGGCAUUAAAAACUUGGUAUGGAAGAUGUUUUAAUAUGAGAAAGGUAGAAAAAACUCCUCUUGCAACAUCUCCGGAGACUUCCAUGGUUUUUUUUUUUUUUUUUUUUUUUUGCCUGCAUCAUCCAACUGGCCCCCUGCUAAGUCCUUUCUUACUCCAACCAAGGCGUUGACUGAGACCUUCAGGUAACUCCUCCUGGCUAGGCAGAUAGUGCCUGAGGGCUCCAGCGGAGAUAGACUGCACAAGUGUUUAUGCCAAAGGCACUGGAGGUCCCAAGUUCAACCCAGUUGUCAUCAAAAGUUAGAACUGAGAAGUGCUCUGGUAAAAAAAAUAAAAUAAGAGAAAUAAAAGGGGAAGGAAGAAGAAAGGUGGGUAGGUAAAGAGAAAGGGGGGAGGGAAAAAGAUAUCUUUUGAUAUUCCACAGUAAAAGUAAUGGUAAUCUAAGUGUAAUUAUAGUAAUACGCUCUGCUAUAAUUUGAAAAUAAAGAUGAAAACAAGAAUGUCUAGGGAGUGACUCAACAGGUGAAUCAUCGUACUGAAGUGUGUAGGAGCCAGUGUCUUAUCCCAGAGUGCAGAUACCAGAGAAGUACGUAACUUCUCUCUCACUUCUUUCUCUCAUAGAAGCAAGCAAAUAUAGGAACAUACAGCUCUAUGCUUCUGUAAAAUCUUGUGUUGAAAAUUUAGCAAAGGUGUAAAGUUAUUGCUCUGUAUUAGACUUUUAUUUUAUUUUAUUAUAUUUCCCAGAGUACUGCUGAGCUCUGGCUUAUGGUAGUGCUGGGUCUAAACCUGUGACUUUAGAGCCUUAGGUGUGAAAGUUAUUUUCCAUAACUGUAUGCUAUAUCCCCAGUCCUAGGCAGUCUGUGUCCCUCUUCUCUCUCUCUCUCUUUCUCUUUCUCUCUCUCUCUCCCUCUGCAUCCAGGGUUAUCCCUGGGGCUCAGUAACAGCACUAUGAAGCCACAGCUCCUGGCAGUCAUUUUACCAUUUAUUAAGAUUUCUUUUUUUCUUUUUUCUUUUUUUAGAUAAGACAGACAGAAAUUGAGAGGGGAGGAGAGGGGAAGAGACAACUGCAGAUCUGCUUCAUCACUUGUGAAGCGUCCUCCCUGUAAGUGAGGAGUGAGGGCUCAGACCCGGCGCACUGCUCAGGCCCUCACACAUAGUGCUGUCUGUUUAACCUGCUGCACGACCCACAUGUCCCCAGUCCUAGACUCUCAAACAGUGUUUGCACUGCAGUCUAGGAGGUGGUACAAUGGAAAAAGUCUUGGACUCUUAAGCAUGAGGUCCUGAGUUCAAUACUCAACAGUGCAUGUAGCCAAGUGAUGCUUUGUUUUCUCUCUACUCCCUCCGCACAUCACACUCUCUUUCAUUAAUAAGUAUAUAUUUUUAAAAAAUACACAGAUUUGUGAGGUUGAGACAGAAACAACAGAACAUCACUGUGCAAUCUGGGAUCCAGAGUUGAAUCUAAUGUCUUCUGCACACAAAGCAUAUGUUCUACCACUGAACCGCCUCCCUGAUGUGAAAAGUUGUAAACCCUUUAAGAGUUUGAUUCAGUAUACAUGUGUAUGCACAUGCCCACAACACAAGUAGAAUAGUAGCCAUUUAAGAUGAGUCCCAUUUCUGUUAAGGGAUAGAUAAUGAAUGAGGCUCUGAAUUUAAUCCCCAGGAAUGAACACACACACACACACACACCAGUACUGUAUUCUCGUUCUCUCUCUCUCUCUCUCUCUCUCUCUCUCUCUGUGUUGGUUUUUCUCUUUCUAUUUAAAUGGAAAAGCAACCUGGGAGUGCUGAAAUUGUACAGAUGCAAGGUCACAUUGACACACACACACACCAUAUUAAUCACAUUUCUAAAGAAGUAAAAUGAUAAAUAAGUCAAAUGGCUUCCAUUAAUUAACAGUGGUUAAGUAUUCAAAAAUAGCUAGCUUGUGUUAUUUUCGGAGUAUUUUUCAAUAUAAUUUAUUGUUGCUUUUCAUUAGGUUUGUUCAAUUUUAGUGACAGUGAGUUGAUACUUUUUUAAUUUAUUUUUGUUUUUAGCUAAAAUAAUGUAAAUUAGCAUGAAUAUAUUUUCACCGAACCAUCUUGACUCAAGACAUAUAAAAGCUUACUAAGCAGAAUGAGAUUAAUUUUCACCUUUUCUUUCCAUAUUUUCACAUUAGUAGGCUACUUAAGUGAAUUCAAAGACAGUCUUUCUCUUUAAAGAAAAUUAAACUGCACUGUCUGUGCAGUCCCUUAUAGGGUGAGAUAAAGUUACUUGAGUGUGGUUGACUAAGUUAUGAGAAUACUUAGGAAGUUUCAGUAAGUGUUUGCCACUCAAAAGGCGUGCUGCCUUGUGUGUACCAUCUUCAGAAUUCAGGAUGCUAGUGACUGAGUCCUUUAGACUUCCUGCUCUGUGACACUCUGAUGGUGUAGAUGAGGAUUCUGAACCCCACUUGGGCUCUAAUUUCAGCUCGUCUGUUUACUAGCUGUGCAAAUUUUCUACUUCUUCUUUUUUUUUUUCUAUUUUAUUAGGGGGUUAAUGAUUUACAGUACUUUUGUUGACAUGUGCCUACAAUUUCUCAGUUCAGUGUGAUAGGUAUCUGCAAAACAUUCUAACACACACACACACACCACACAUACUACACACACACACACCACACAGGCCACACACACACACACCACCCUCCUUUCUCUCCUCCCUGCCCAGAGUCCUUUGCUUUGGUACACUUUACUUCAUGUUUUUCCUUUCUGUCCCUGUCUCCCAAGUUCCACCUAUGAAUGAGGUCAUCCAAUAUUUAUCCCCCUCUUCCUGAUUCAUCCCACCCAACACUAUUCAUUCAAGUUGUUCCCAAGGUGAGACAAAGACUGGCGUUUUAGAGUUUGGUCUUCAAUCCAUUUUGGUCUGGUUUGGGGACACGCUGUUAAGUGGUGGCCUAGUUUCACUUUUCUCCCUCUGGUUGCUGAGUUUUCCCAGCACGAUUUGUUAAGGAAAUCUUUUUCCCCCAUUGAGUGGUCUAGGCAUCUUUGCCAUACACUAGUUGUCUAUAUGUCUGAGUUUCUUCAGAAAUCCUAGUGGUAAUAUAGUGAGCUUUCCAGUGAUUUUUCUUCUUUUCUUGCUUUAUUUGGCUUGGUCCCAGAGUCAUCUGUCUGCUCCAGUGACUCCUUGGCCACGCCCCCAGGAUCUCCCAGAUUCUCUCCUUCUUAGUCUCUGUUUAUUUUUCUAUGAUAAAAUGAGGACAGUACUAGUAUAAUCCUUACUUGGAGGUGUAUUGUGGGUGAGAUAUAUAUUUGCAUACGACAAUCGACAAUCCCUGGACUGGUUCAAUUCCAGACACCCAAUUAUCAAACAUUUUGAUGACUCAUGACCACCUUUGUGUCUACGCUCACCUUUUAAUGUCUCCUUUACAUCAAUUUUAUGAUUUUGGGGUGGAGAGUAGAUAGCAUAAUGGUUAUGUAAUUGAUUCUUAUGCCUGAGGCUCCAAGGUCCCAGGUUCAAUCCCAUACUACCAUAAGCUAGAGCUGAACAGUGCUCUGGUAGAAAGAAAGAAAGAAAGAAAGAAAGAAAGAAAGAAAGAAAGAAAGAAAGA